AUGAACCCCGGCGUGUUGACAGAAGCUAGCUCACUGGCAUACACACUGAGUAUUAACAACGUCUGUUCUCCCACUUCAGUUGCUCUUCCAGUGGAGAUGCAGAUCUUGCUUCUCAAGCACCCCACCCGUUGACCCAACGCGGUGGAAAACGGGCCCUUGGUCCCUUGGCGCAAGAACAAGAUCUAUGCCUACAUCCAGCAUUUAGCACAAGACCAGCUUUGGACUUCAGUGGUUGCAGUAUGAAAUUCACGCUCAACCACUCUUUGACCGGAUCAGGCAGACCCGUAUAGCUACCUAGUAGUGCCCCAGUCAGGGAUGGUGGGUUACACAAGCUUAGGCGGUGAACCAGAGUCGUUGAAACAACUUGCCAACCUACCAACGUUCUGUUCCAUUCACUGAGACGUCUCCCUUCCAACUAUGCCAUUUUGCCUUCCUUAUUAUCGGGACACCAGUGAGUUGCCAGGGCCUCUUCCUGACCAGAACGAGAUUGUACAAGCAACAUGCACCCUCCCCAAGGGAUCCGAUUAUGGUGGGCGCCUGGUCGUAAUCCGAGACACCUUUGUCGUGAAAUACGGCCCACUUGUGACCGAAAAUGAGGGGUAUGCUCUGCUCUUUGUUGAAGAACGACUCAACAUUGCAGCACCACGCCUGUAUGCCAUGUACCGCGAUCAGGAUACCCUGUAUCUCAUCAUGGAAUUCAUUCCCAGCAUCUCUCUAGGGCUGGCGUGGCCUUCGCUCACGGAGGCGGACAAACAUUCGAUUGCGGGACAAUUACGAUGCAUCUUCGAUCGAAUGCGGGCGCUGCCAUCGCCCGGGUUCUACGGCAGUGUCAACCAGGGACCCGUCCCCCAUCGGUAUUUCUUCUCUCGAGAGAAAGACCCUACGGUCACUGGUCCUUUUCAGACGGAAGAAGAAUUCGGAAGCGCCAUCGCGCUUCGCUCCAAAAAGAUGUGGAGCGAAUCCAACAGUCCCAGCGUUCUCUCCGACUAUCUGGCUCGCUACCUCUCAUCAGCACUUCGCGAUCAUCCGCCCGUGUUCACCCACGGAGAUCUCUACCGAGAGAAUGUUCUUGUCCGGAAGGCCGUGAGUCCCGUCACCAAGGAAGAAGAGUACGAAGUAGCGGCUCUGGUGGACUGGGAAAUGGCGGGGUGGUAUCCUUCGUACUGGGAGUACGCUCAUAUCUUCCCCCUGUUGCAGUGGACCGAUGACUGGCCGGCGUAUGUCGAGAAGAUUCUCGAUCCCUUGCCGCUGGAGGGCGCCAUGAUGUGGGUUGUCUUUCGAGAUAUGGAGUUCUAACUUGAUGGGAGGGACUACCAUGUUGAUACUGAAAGGUUUGAUAAGUGAUUUGACUCAGUGAGGUUCUGACUUAGUGCUUGAUAGUUGAUCCUUUACAUGGCACAAUAUUCUCUAUUCUUUCCAGUUACGCCCCACCCCCAAUCAGACAAGCUUCAUGAAUGACGCGUGUCCACGUGCCUCGCGCAUUGACAUUUUUGUGGCUUAUAUGUAGUGUAACCCUGUGGCAGUUUAAUUCAUCUACUUGUGUACACCUCGGCCUGGCAACCCCAUCAACCAACUCAUUAUAUUGACCUAUGUACAUUGCCUUUGCACAUGGCAUAAUUGAUCAAUUCUGGAGAAGUAUACUGAAAAAAGGAAGUCAGAAAACCAAAA